AUGAAGACGGUUUACCCACUCCUUACUUUCUUCUCUGCCGCCAUCGUCGCGGCCGGCCCAGUACCUAAACAUGCCAUCCGAACCAAUGUUGAAGCGCCAACGCGUAUUCACGUACGCACCGAGCAUGUCGUAGAGCCUGCUCCAGCGCCUGCUCAUAUGCCGGCACCUGUUGAUGCGGAGGCAGAAAAGCAGCGCUUAGCUGACGCAGAACACAAAGCGGCCGCAGAUGCGAUGGAGUCUAUGCAUGUGGCAAAGGCGCAAGCAGAGGAUAAGGCACAUCAAGAGGCCGCUGCAAAGAUGGAGGCGGAGCAUGUUGCCAAAGCGGAGGCCGAGGCCAAAGCACAUCAAGAGGCCGCUGCGAAGAUGGAGGCAGAGCAUGUGGCUAAAGCAGAGGCCGAGGCCAAAGCACAUCAAGAAGCCGCUGCUGCCAUGGAGCAAAUGCAUGCUCAACAAGAAGAAGCCAAAGCUGCCGAACACAAAGCUCAAGCAGAUGCUAUGGAGAAGAUGCAUGCAGAACAGGAGCAGGCAAAGGCGGCCGAACACAAGGCUGCUGCCGACGCGAAAGAAUUGGAACACCAGCAGCAGGCCAAAGAGAUGGAGGCUAUGCACGUCGCUCAAGAGAUGGCCAGCAUCGAAAACCAAAAGGCUAAGCAGACAGCUGCACCUAUCGCGCACAUGCCAUCGCCGCCAGUUGUCGAGGAAACACCACCUAUGGUCGAACACAAUCCCCCUUCGAAUGCUGUUCAUGAGACACCAGCAGUUGUGGCCCCUGAAGCUCCUCCCGCAAACCAUCCAUCACCCCCAGCUAUGACUGCCCAUCCCGAUAUGCCACCAGCCCCCGAACACCCAAUGCCAAUUGCUGAACCUCCAGCUGUAACUCACGUCCCUUCACCAGCCAACAUGACCAUCAUGUCUCCCGCUCCACCGGCACCCAUCGCUACUGAAAGCUUUUCCCUGGUCAUGGGCGAGGCUGUAGCAUCCUCAGCUACACACGCUCCAGCCAUGCAUACUGAGCCCCCCACCCCUCCCAUGGCUAACGGUAAUGCCAACUCUACUGCUCCAAAUCUUGCUGAGCAGCCUGCUCAGACACCACCUAUGGAAGCCCCGGCCGCGGAAAUGGAGCAGCAGCAAAAGGCCGAAGAGGAAGCCCAGAACGAGGCUGGAGAGGAAGCUCAGAACGAGGCUGGAGAGGAAGCUCAGAACGAGGCUGGAGAGGAAGCUCAGAACGAGGCUGGAGAGGAAGCUCAGAACGAGGCUGGAGAGGAAGCUCAGAACGAGGCUGGAGAGGAAGCUCAGAACGAGGCUGGAGAGGACGCCAAGCAGGCUGGGGAAGAGGAGCAGAUGAACCAAGACAAUCAGGAUACAGCAGGUGAAUCAAACAACCAAGAAUCUGGCCAAGCCGCCCAGCCUGAGGUGCCAGUGGAGGCUGUAGAGUCCGAACCUGAGCCUGCUGAACCUGAACCUGCACAGGCCGGUCCGGCGCCUGCUGAGGAUGCAAAGCCCGUUGUCGAAUACCCCGCAGGAUUCCUAACUGGUGCAAAACGUGCAAUGAAGCUAUGA